AAGCCAGCGGAUAUGUGAUUAUUAUUAUUUUUAAAAAUUGUAUUACAGUGAUGGAAAUCCAAUCAUCAUUAACAAAGUUAUUAUAUUAAUUAUUUAGUUUUAUUUAUUGUCCUGUUUGACCUGUUGCUUGAAUCGAAUGGUUCUAAUCCAAACCUCAAUCAUUCAAAAACAAGUAAAUAAUGUCAACUUGUGUUCUGCCUAUGGACAAUUUAGGUAUAAAAGCUCCAUGGCUCUAAUAAACAAAUAUUACUUUACACAUUUGAAUAAUUAGCCAGAUAUUCGAAUUGUUGAGUUAUGUUCAGAAAAUAAAUCUGUGCUGAAGAGGUCUGUGAAAUGUAUUUUCCAGUAAAAAGUGUCCCUGGCUACAAAAACUUGGAGAACUGCUGAUAUAGACAGUACAUUAAUGUGGGAUGUGUUUAGUGCUGGGGACCUCUUGUGUCAAAAGUGGAAGUUUGCAGCGUGAACUACAGGUUUCAAGACUCUCACUCAGUUCAUGACCUGGAUCACUGUAUCAUAUACCAUCCCAUACGAAACUAUUGGAAUGGCAAGGGCUUGUUGUUGUUGUUAUUGUUUUUUUUUUUUUUUAACAAUACAGUUUUUAUUUAUUAUUUUUUAUUAAGGAAAAAAAAAAAAAAAAAAACUUUAUCCAACACAUAUCACCCAUGUGAAAACUAAUUGCCCAUUUAAACUUAAAAUCUGCCACCUUUAGCAGCAAUAACUGCAACCAAACACUUCUGAUAACCGGAGAUCAGUUUUCCCUGACUUCUAGGACCCUAGUACUUAACUUACUCCUAUGCUUUGGAUCAUUGUGCUGCUGAUAAUCCAGUUGCACUUGAGUUUUAACUUAUGGACUCAAGACCGGGCAUUCUCCUUUAGGAUUUUCUGAUAAAGAUGGGGGGCAAGAUGGUCCCAUUUCAUAAUUUUAAUUUCUUUGCUGUUACAACUAAAUUGUUAAUUGCUUCCAUUUGAUUCCCAUAAUAGUAUGUUGGGUGAUGCAUAAUGGACUUCUACAUGCUAAACUUUACCAGUAAAUGGACAUUGUUUUUAAAACGGGGCAUCUUCCUCCAUCUUACCGAAGUACUGACACAAUAUAAGCCUUACUAUUUUAAAGUUCUUCAGGUCCAUAUGAAAUUUAGGUACCAAAAUUCAUGCCCCUGCCCCUUCCAUUACAAUAUUAUGGUGUUUUUCCCCUCCCCUGACUCUUUAUUUUCUACACACUGUAGCUUUAACUAAUGAAAGGAGAAAGAUGGUGACAGCUGAAACUGGAGUGGGAGCUUCACUUCUCCGUUAGCUCAGACUUAAGAAGCGCUCGAGCGUUCCUGUUGCUAUGGAGGCGGGCUGGCACUAAAAGAAACAAUGAGUUAGGAAAGUAUGUGUCCAGCACUCAGUUACUCAGAGCUGCUCUCACUAAGAAAGUACUCUACAGCUGCAGCUCUUUUCCAGUUCCAGUUGAAGGUAGGAAAUAUGAUAUAUUUGUAAUAAAAAAAUACCCUCUUGAGGACUAAUAUGCGGUAUCUUUAGUAGAUGUAGCCAGUGGCUGCAGUCCUCACCAUCAGUCGGCAUGAUGUCUGAACAUGGUUAACAUGACUGUUGAUAGCCUUUUUUAAAAUACAAGUGGAUAAGUUUGAUGAAGCUUAUUUGACCUCUUUCAAUAUUGUCAUUAUGAAUUUAGGUUUGUUAUUAUUAUCAUUGGUAGUAGUAGUAGUAGUAGUAUUAUAAUUAUUAUCAUCAUUAUUAUUGUUAUUAUUAUUAUUAUUAAUAAUAAUAAUAAUUGUUACAAAAGUUUCUAUAGGCGAUGUGUGUGUGUGUGUGUGUGUGUGUGUGUGUGUGUGUGUGUGUGUGUGUGUGUUUGUUUAGAUGAUCUACAUUAGAGUACUUCAUGCUUUUUUGGUAGCAGGUUUAAGAACACAUGAGUUAUAUAUGUAUAUGAGCAUAUUCGACUAGUAAAAAAUAGGAGAAUGUACAGUAGUAUAUAUAGGCUAUACUUUGAAUAUGUGUAUUGGUUUCAUUACUUAACAUGAGAGUGCUUUUCACUGUUGCAUAUACAUGUGCAUAAAUUUGUCCCAUGUGUCCCACAUAAUUAUGUGAAGAAAUAUAAUCUAAAAGAUUAACAUGACAGCAAAAAAUCAUGCGUAAAAAAAAAUCACAUGAAAUAAAAACACAUGUGCUACAUGUAGAAAGUCCAUUAUAUGUGAAGUCUAAAAUGUGCAAGUCCAAAAAAUCACAUGUUCAUUUAUGAGGAUAGUAGCUGCUAGUGAUCUCCACAGUCUGUAACUAAAAUAAUAAUAAUAAAAAAUUUUUAAACAGCAUGUGACUAAAUUUGAUACCAAAUAAUAGGCCUAUAUGAGAAUAUUCGCCUUCUGCUAUCAGUAUAUUUGACAUAAUGAAUCUUUAUUGGUCACAUAUACAUUACAGCAAAGUGAAAAGUUUUUCUUUGCAUAGCCCAUCAUGUUAGGAAGGUGAGAGCACAGGUUCAGCCAUGAUACAGCACCCCUGGAGCAGAGGACCCAAGAGUGGCAGUUGGCAGUGCUGGGGCCUGAACCCCCAACCUUCUGAUUAGUCAUCCAGAGCCAUAACCAGCCAUAACCACCAAGCCACCACUGACAUGGUCUUCAUCAUCAUUUUUGUUUAUUAUUUGCAGGCUCCUGAUGAGCUCGGUAGCUGCGUGCCGCCUGCAGGAGCUGCAAAUUUACCGGCUACUGCAUUGUGUGCAGGCGCGAGACACUGCACAGGUCAAGAAGUUGUUGCGUGUUGGCGUUCAUGACCUUGUCAACCUCACGGAGCCACAUGAGGGCAAAGGCGUCCUGCACGUUGCUGCAGUAGCUAACAACACCGACAUGAUCGAAUUUCUUAUGCUUCAUGGUGCUUGUCCAGAUGUCCAGGACAAGCAGGGACGCACGCCGGUGAUGUUGGCAGCUGAACUCGGACAUGACGGUGUGGUGACUGUGCUGGCCGAGAAACACGCAGAUAUGAAGUUGACAGACAUAGAAGGGAAAGGCGUGCUAUUCUACUGCCUCUGUCCCACCAAAAGACACGCGCGCUGCCUGCAGGUGGCGCUGAACAACAUGGCAGACGUAAACAACGUGUCACAUGCGGGCAUCCCGCUGUUCCUGCAGGCCUGUGAGAACGCUCGGGAAUGUGAGGACAUGUGCCUCAGCCUGUUGGAUAAGGGGGCUGACCCCAAUUCUGUCAAUCAGGUGACAGGUCGCACUGCUCUAAUGGAGGCGGUGAGAGCAGGAGCGGUGGGGCUGGUGAGAGCCAUCCUUAAAAGAGGGGCAAAUGUCAACACGCUGGACAGCAAGCGGUUCAAUGCAGUUCACUUCGCUGCUGAAGGAGGCUACUUUGAAAUCCUUCAGGUGUUGUCUGCAUAUGUGGCGGAUAUGGGCGUAAUGACAGCAGAAGGAAACACGGCUCUGCACUAUGCUGCCCAAGGGGGCUUUGCUGACUGCUGCAGAUUUUUGGCACAGAGAGGAUGCAAUCCCAAACAGAAAAACAUGGAAGGCCUGUUACCACGUCAAAUUGCUAAGGACUUGGAUCACAAAGCCUCAGUGAAAGAGCUUAAGAAGGCUGAACGUUUGAAUGGGAAGCUUUUAAAGAGCUGCACUAAUGAAUCAUGGGCACUGACCCUUUAUGAUUGGUCUCAUGAAAAUGAAGCCGAACUGCGAAAGGCCUUUGAAUUCACUUCAUGUGGAAUUACCAACUCAGAGAUGGUGUCUUUUGAGAAUUUCAUCUCUGUUCUCCAAGACUUCCAGGCACCGAUAAAUGAUGACCAUGUCCGGAAAAUAAAGCUCGCUCAUGACAAGCGUAGGCAGGGUUUAAUUAACAUCAACGACUUUUUCAAAGGAGUCAGAUAUCUGCCCAGGACUCUUGUUAUGACCUACUAUGAACUAAAUAGGACAAAAAAAAGGGCUGGCAAGUCAGUGAAGGGCAAGAAGAAAAGCAAGUUGAACCUUCCAAUGCCAAUUUGCGUCACCUCACCAGAAAAUGUUUACCGACAAGAUGACAGAGGGCCACCACAUUUCAUGAUUGAGAAGUACCAGCUUUUUACAGACACACACCGAUUUAAUCAGGACCAUCCACCUAGGCACCCGAUAGAGGAUGACUCAGCCUGGUAUAAAGAUGAACCAGAAAAGACAUACAUAAACAUAAACUACUGCGUUAAAACGGGAGACAUCGAAUCCCUGAAGAUGGCCUUUAGUCGGAAGGUCCCAGUUGAUGUGAAGGAUCGCUUUUACAAGACACCACUCAUGACCGCUUGUGCAAGUGGGAAUUACAGAGUGGUCAAUUUUCUACUCAAUCUUGGGGCUGAUGUGAAUGCUUGUGAUCAGUUCUGCUGGACUCCAUUACACCAUGCCUGCCAUACUGGACAACUUGACAUCAUUAAAAAAUUAGUGGAGGCAGGGGCAGCAGUGAACACACCCACUUUCAGUGGAGCCACACCCCUAAUGAGGGCCAUUGAGAGUUCCAGACCCUGCUGUGUGGACUACCUUAUCAAGGCUGGCGCAACAGUUACAGCAGCAAACAAGUCAGAGCAAAGCUGCUUGGACAUUGCCCAUGCGUAUGCAGACUUUAGGAUUGUAGAGCUGAUCCAGGCCAAGAUUGACAGCCUUCGGAAGCCAAAGGACCACAAAAUGGAUAAGGCAAUCAAACCUCAGGCCAAACCUAGACCAGCCACUGGCACUUCUGAGGAGAAGCAGGGGGCUGUUCCCACACCACAGGCCUCAGAGUACUUUGCAACCUCGACAGGGAAAACAGAAGCGCAGGCCAACAGUGUGAUCCUUCACAGCACUCGGAUCACCAGUGGAGCACUGAAAAAAGUGGACAUCAGCUUUGUGCCAAAAACAGUUUGGAGCAAACAACUCACUACCUGCCAGCUGAUGGAGAAGAAGGAGAAAAGGAGACAACGGUUUACCCAUGAAGUGGAUUUUGAUGAACUCGAGAUGCCUUUCAACAAGAAUAUUGAGAAGAACACACUGGAGCUAUCACAGAUCUUUGAGCAUAAUUGACGAAGGGCGAAUCGUCUGACUUAAACUAAACUCCAGCCUCAAUUCAUUAAAAAAAUCUAUGAAAAAGCCAGGACUGAACUUAUCAUAUGCAAUUAUGGAUUUAUAUUUUUGUUUGUUUAUUUAGAUGUGUAAAUAUGACAUCAUGUGCCCUAUAAAGAUCUCAGUAAAAGUACUGUACGUAUUUACAUAUAGCAAAUAAUGCAUGCAUCAUCUGUACUCUCCUCAGAAAGAGAUGGGGGAAGAGGGGGGAAGAGAUCUCUCUCUUUCUCUCUCUCUCUCUCUCUCUCUCUUUGUGUUGUGUUGUGUGUGUGUGUGUGUGUGUGUGUGUGUGUGUGUGUGUGUGUGUGUGUGUGUGUGUGUGUGUGUGUGUGUGUGUGUGUGUGUGUCCUGCCUGCUUUCAGGGCUGGGCCACUCUAUGCUGGCAUUUCUCCACACCUCCUCCUUUAUCUUGUUUAUCUGAGAAUCCUACGUAUCUGCAUGCUGCUCAUACCCCUGGAGCAUUGGCUCUAUCACCCCUUCCUCAAAUCUAAGAAGACAUACACAACAUAACAUUGGUGUUUUGUGACCGAGGAGGAGUCUGAAAGCUAACUCAGCAGCACUGUCCACACAUAUUUCCAGCUAAAAUUGUUAAAUCAUUCAAAGUGAAAGAAGAGUGUCAGUUAGUUGAGCUCAUUGGUUGACUUGUAGCUGCAAGAUCUGCUGGAUUCGUUGACUAGAUGUACUACAUGGACUGCAUGUAAUAGGCCUGUUUUUUUGCUUCGCAGGUCACACGGGGAAAUGCGCCAUACUGCAGCACUACUCCUGCAGCACUCUUCCUCUUUAUUCCUCGCAGUUCUUGUGAGUGACCAGCAGAGGGUGAAGCAGGGGCACAAUGUUGACAUAUGUUUAAAAAAAAAAGAAAGAAAGAAAGUAAAAAAAAUCUUGUUUGGAGAGCUGGCUAUGUGCUUUCAGAGUCUUAUAGCAAAAUGGCAGCCACAAUAAUCGGGACUGGUAUUGUUUUCCCUCAAUAUUGACUUUUUUCCCCUAAUGAACAUGAAAAGAUGCGGUUUUGACUUUUGGUCAAUUCAGUUUUAUUUGUAUAGCACUUUUAACAAUGGACAAUGUUUAUAUAAAUUCAGGAUAUAGGUAUUAAAUGUAUGAAUUUAUCCCUAAUGAGCAAGCCAGAGGCGACUGUGGAAAGGAAAAACUCCCUGAGACGAUAUGAGGAAGAAUCCUUGAGAGGAGCCAUCCUUAUCUGGGUGACCCAGAGUGCAAUUGUAAAUAAAUAAAUCCCUUCUAUAAAUGUGCUAAUACUACAUGGCCAAAUAGUGUAGUUGUGUAACCAGGAAACUUCAUUACAGUUUUUACAUGAAGUCUGUUUUGUUGAACUUCUCCACUGUUCACUGAUGGAGACUUGAAAUGGUUUGUGCCACAAAAUGGUUUGUGGCAAUUGCAGUGCUAAAGCUAUCAUAGAAAUUGUAGUCCUAGCCAUCACAGCAUAACUGUUCAUAUGACUCAAGGUCCAAAGUGGUUUUUAAGUGGUAUCAUCCUCAGUAAUCUCAAUGAUCUUUAGGCUGCACCAUGUGGGGCCAUCCACAGCAGCAGCAUGUGACUUCCAAUUGAUGAGAACUCUAACCAGAAGUAGGGCAUCAGGAUGGAUCAGGCAGGUCCGGAGAUCAGAAGGAGUCAGAAUCACUGGUAUCUCAGGAGUAUCAUGUGUAGCUCGACAGAAAGAGAGAGGGAAAGAGAGGUAGAGAUUAUCAGGUAUGCUUAUUGCCCCGUAAUGGUUAAGCACAAUGUGUUGUGCUUGAAUGCAAACAGGGACUCCAGCAAGACUACCUAUGACUGCAUAACUAAAAGGGAGAGCCAGAAGGUAACACAGACAUGAAGGCGCCCUGGGACAUAAGUGGACCAAAACACUCUAUGACUGUGAGCCUCUAGAUCUGCUCCUUUACCUAAAUAAAAAAACUAUUCACAAAAAGUUUGAAUAAACAAAUAUGUUUUCAGCCUGGACUUAAACACUUAGACUGUGUCUGAGUCCCAAAAACUAAUUAGAAGACUGUUCGAUAACUGUGGGGCUUUGUAAGAGAAAGCUCUGUCCCCUGCUGUAGCCUUCACUAUUCGAGGUACCAGCAAAGACACUGCACCUUUUGAUCGAAUAGGCGUGGAAGAUCAUAAAAGACCAAAGUUUGCUGAGGUACUGUGGCAUGAGACCAUUUUAUAUUACAUCAUAUUGUCCUACAAAGAUAAUCCAGUUCGGGGCUUUACUGUUAGCACCCCUAAGCACAUUAUUUUUGCAUAACCGCAUGGUCUGGAGUAUGUUACUCUGCUUAAAUCAAAGUGAUUUGCCAAUGAUUACAAUUUUUUUUAUUUAUAAUGAAUGACAUGUCACACUUUUUAAUGGUUUAGAGUUAGAUUUAAUGUUGUGGAACAUCCAUGAGACAAGUUCCUGUUAUCUCCUGUUAGUUGUAUUAUAGCCAUGAUAAACAGUCUCUCUCUCUCUCUCUCUCUCUCUCUCUCUCUCUCUCUCUCUCUCUCUCUCUCUUUGUGCUUAGACACCCUAGACUCCUUUCAUAAAUGUUACAUAAAUAUCUCCUAACAAAAAGUCAUCACAUCAACAAUUGAUUGUAGUCACUGUGUACGAGCUGUUCAUAUAGAAACAAUACAGUAUUAGAAUGAGUGCAUUAAUAUAAAUCUGUCCUUCAUGUUACAGCAGGCACUACUGUCAAAGCUGUGCUGUUACACAGAAAUAAUGCACAAUUUCUGACGCUCUGUGGUAUAAAACAGACUGGGCAAAUAUUAAUUGACAGAACCCAAAAUAGUUUAAUUCACAUUAUGUUGCAUUUCCUCCAUGUCUUAGUGGCACACACACCUCAUUACACACACCUGCAGGUCCCCAAGCAUGAGAAGUGGUUUUCCUCUUCCCCAUAAACAGACGCUGGUCAUUUUAAAUGUCAUUUUGCACAGCUGCUCAAAGUUAAUAUGACCCCUGAAGAGUACAUCCAUUACUAAGUAACAAACAGAAUAGGUUAGAGAAGCUGUGUCUGAAAAGUUGAGGAACAGAGGCAAUAAGACUGCAGAGCAAGACCCAGAUUAAGCUCACUCCUGUCUGCUGAUACGUAAUUACUGCUGAAUUAGAUUGUUAGAUUUGAGGCUCUUCGAGGUCUACUGGGUAGAGUUACAUAACCAAGCAAGCAAAACCAAUGGCCUUCACACUGCUUCCUUCAAAGUGUUUAAUCUGCCCAGCUAAUCUAAAUGGUAAAUGGCGCACUUAUAUCCAAGGCGCUUUACACUGUGUCUCAUUCACCCAUUCACACACCAAUGGUAGCAGAGCUGCCAUGAAAAGCGCUAACUUGCCAUUGGGAGCAACUUGGGGUUCAGCGUCUUACACGAGGACACUUCGGCAUGUGGAGUCAUGUGGACCGGGAAUCAAACCGCCAACUCUACGAUUAGUGGACAACCUGCUCUACCACCUGAGCCAUAGCCACCCCUAAAUGCACACACACACACACACACACACACACACACACACACACACACACACACACACACACACACACACACACACACACACACACACACACACACACACACACACACACACACACACACACACACACACACACACACACACACACACACACACACACACACACAGAGAGAGAGAGGCAGAAUUGCAUUUACAGUAAAUGUUUAUUGUUUGGUGAAAUAUAUGUAUGUGUGAGAGUGGACAAAGCUAUUUGGAGUGGAUGUGUAUUAGAGAGAUUGGUUUAGAGAAGUGGCAGAAUACAAAUAAUAAAAGAGGGAUAGAAAAAUAUGAGGUGGCCAAGAGGACAGAGUGCAUCAGAGAGAAAAAGCGAAGGGCAGCCCAGUGUCAGAGUGAGCCCAUGGUGACAUUCAUCUCUGUGGAUGGGUGUAAUGAGACACAGAGAGCUGGGCAGGGUGAGUCGGGGAUAGAAAGAGGAGAGAAAAGAGAAGGAGAUUGGGGAAAGGAGAAUAGUAGAAUAGUAGAAGAGAAGGAGAAGUUUUUUUUUUUUUUUUAAUGAAAUCAAUGCAAUGCUGCUUUAGCGUAAACACCAGCUGUGAGCAGGGAUAAAACAGCACCUGAGUCGUUUCUGUGGAUGGAAGAAUGUUGCAUGUCAAAGAAAGUCUCACCAUGUUCUUCAUAUUCAGGCUGUGUUUAGUUGAUAAGAUCUGCCUGUGUGCACUCUGCCUUCUGAGGAGUUUUUUCUUGCA